UGGUAUAUUGUUUUUAGAUCAAAGUCGUCAACGUCAAAGUAUUAUAUUUGUGAUUGUGAAUUUGUAAAAUUAUUUAUUAUUUUGUUUAUAAAAUACAAAAACAUAUAACUUUUAUUAAAAUGUCUUGUCGCAACGCUUCUCACGCUGGUAGUUGGUACACUGAAAAUGGCAAUGAAUUGUCCCGCCAACUGGACCUCUGGCUGUCAAAGGCUGAUCUCACACACGGGCCGGCACGAGCCAUCAUUGCACCCCACGCGGGUUAUUCAUAUUGCGGAGCGUGCGGAGCGUGCGCAGCCUUCGCCUACAGACAAGUCAGCCCUGUUGUUGUGAAGCGCGUGUUUAUCCUAGGCGCGUCGCAUUACGCCCGGAUGGGCGAAUGUGCUCUGUCCUCGCUCGACAAAUAUCAAACUCCGCUCUACGAUCUCACCAUAGACAAACAGAUAUACGCGGAGUUGGAGGCGACGCGUCAGUUCGAAUGGAUGGACGUGGAGACGGACGAAGACGAGCGUUCUAUAGAGAUGCACCUACCGUACAUCGCCAAAGUUAUGGAGGAGUAUAAAACCGGUUUCACAAUCAUACCAAUUUUGGUCGGCUCUCUAACGCCGGAAAAGGAGGCCAAAUAUGGUGCAAUCCUGGCCCCCUACCUGGCUGACCCGCAGAAUUUACUAGUGAUCUCCUCCGACUUCUGCCACUGGGGCUCGAGGUUCCGGUACACUUGGCGCGACUCGUCCAGGGGACCCAUCCACCAGAGCAUCGAGUGGCUCGACAAACAGGCUAUGGACAUAAUUGAGAAGAUGGAUCCGCGCGCGUUCACAGAGUAUAUAAAAAAGUAUAGCAACACGAUAUGCGGCAGGCAUCCCAUAGGCGUGCUACUGCAGGCAAUAUCGAAGCUUCAAUCGCAACAGAACGCACCAAGAAUGUCCAUGAAAUUCCUAAAAUACGCCCAGUCGUCGCAGUGCGUGAACCCGCAGGACUCGUCCGUGUCGUACGCCAGUGCCUCCCUCGUGUUCGAGUAGGCCGCACCCGCCGCAUCAUCCCGUUGAAACUCACCGGCGAAAAUCCCGCGGGAUUCCGCGAUUUUUUUUGUGAAGUUAGUGACGAUCUCUUAGAAUGUUGUUGUUGGUAAAUCGAUCCCGGGAUUGGAAAGUGUUGUCACAAUUCAUAAAAAAUUUUGAAAUGGUUAGUUGAUUGAUUAAAAAAAUUAAUUAAAAGGACAGUGUAAUAAAGUGUCCUUUUUUUUUAAUGUUUGACCCAUUCAUUAAUUAUUGUGUCAAACAUUGAUAAUCAUUAAUUAAAAACAAAAAGAUGUCAAACAAAUGUUCCACAUGGGUACUGUUAUGUUGUCGAAAACAAAUAAAUUGUACAUUUAAUUAAAUUUCAAAUAAAGAAGGCGCCGUGGGAUUUAUUUUCUAUUAAAACAUAUAAAAAAAUAACAAAUGUUUAAUUUUUUUUUUUCAAUACAAUUUAAUGAAAAUGUAAUUAAAUUUUGUUGAAGCUAUCAUAAAAGUACGUUCUAAACAAAAUUAGGAAUAAAUCUUUUUUUUUAUACAACUUAGAAUGGCAAACAAGCUGACGGCCCACCUGAUGGAAAGUGGUAACCGUCGCCUAUAGACAUGAGCAGUACCAUGAACAUAACAGAGUAUACCGUUACGCCCAUGAUACCCCCCAUGCGUUGCCAUUCCUGAGGACUCAGGUGUUAUUCCUCUGUACCGUGUAAAUUGACGCCAUAUCCCACCCUUCAAACCGAAACACAGCCAUGCUUCACGGUUCAAAUACGAAUGGGACAGAGAUACCCAAGCAAUCGACUUUUAUACAAAGUCUCCCUCUGGUGAUCUAUAUUCAAUCGAUAAUCAACAUUCAAUUUAUCGAUUCUCGAUUGUUCGAUCGGACAUCACUAGGCUGUCUCGGGAGGGCGAGGGGGAAUCGAUUAAUUUAGUUUACAUUCUCAUUAAAUUAUUAUGAAAAAAAUUACAUAUUUGUUAAUUUUUAAUAAUGCUUAAAUAGAGGACAAGUUCCACGGCACUUUUUAUUAAAACUUAAGUUCUGUGGGAACACGGCGAGGGCAAGCACGAAAGAUCGUGUAAAGGGCUCCAGGAUUUUCUGCCUGAAAAAGCCCAACAUUCAAUUAAUAAGUUAAGAAAUAAAUUUAGAAGCACAGUACCACAGAAUCGGCCUCAUUAUAAUGCACCUACAGUCGCCUCGUUCUUUGCCUUCUUCCUACCCGUAUCCCAAUUAUUAUAUGGGGUCGGCGUAAUGUUUUUUCCAUAUUAAAAGGCCGGCAGCACACCUGCAAUGCCGCUGGUGUUGUGAGUGAUCAUGGGCGGCGGUAGUCACUUACCAUCAGGUGAGCCGCAUGCUCGUUUGCCCCGUGUUGUAAAAAAAAAUAUUACAAAAUGAAAUUGACUUAGUUUUACGACCGGCCGCCUGCCUGACCUCAACCCUCUUUUGGGAAAGCACUUGUUGGUGGUAUUCGCCACCUUUCCGCCUCUUUACCAUGGGAACGAAAUAAUGCGCUUACGCAUCGUAUGUGUACUGUGUUACCACAUAAAUAAAUAUAAGUUAUUAAACUAAAAUCUAUAUCGAAUCGUAAGAUCUGGAACUUUAUAGUUUUAUUAAAAAAAAAAAUACAAAUCUGUAUUGAUUGCUCUGUAAUUAGAUUUAAUUGGGAGCCUUUUUAGAAACAAGAAAGUUUUUUCUUUUAUUUAAUGUGUAAACCCAUAAACCCUUAAUAAAAAAAAAUAAAAAAAACUAAUAAUGUUACAUUAUUUUACUGUCUUUUAAACUUGGCAUAUAUGUAUCGUAAAAGUCUGUUAAAUAUAAAUAAAUAAUAAUAAAUAAAUAUAAAGAUGAAUUCUAAACUCCACCAAGCGUAAACAAUCUUCACUAUCCACACUUGUUUUUUUAUACAACUUAGAAUGGCAAACAAGCUGAUGGUCCACCUGAUGGAAAGUGGUAACCGUCGCCUAUAGACAUGAGCAGUACCGUGGACAUAACAGAGUAUACUGUUUCGCCCAUGAUACCCCCCAUGCGUUGCCAUUCCUGAGGACUUAGGUGUUAUUCCUCUGUACCCAGUAAAUUCACGCCAUAUCCCACCCUUCAAACUGAAACACAGCCAUGCAAACACAACUGCUUUACAGUUGAAACACGAAUGCGACAGAGGUACCCAAGCAAUCGACUUUUGUACAAAGUUUUUCUCCGGUGUAAUAUAUGCCAAGUGUAUAAAAACAGUUUGUACUAUUUUUUUUUUCACAUAUAAUUUUUUCUAAUAGUUUCCUCUGCUCUUCUAUGGCGUAUGUCCAAUAUUCCCGGUUAAAAAAUGUAUAUUUUACGGGCUUUUAUUUAACUUGCAACGUAAGUUUGUUUAAUUUGAACCUUGCAAGCUUUAAAACCAUUCCUUUAUAUCAUGAUUGAACUAAAAUUUUGCAUACUCAUAAUACUUACAAAAUGGCCGUCACCACAAAAUGGCGGACGGUGUAUUUUUUAUCAACUCCUUUACUGUGGCUUUUAAAUGAAAGCAUUUGAAGAGUAGAUAACGAUGCAAUAAAUGACGUCAUUAAAAUAAUUGGCAGCUACAAAAUGGCGGAUUAUAAAAGAUUGUUUUAAAAAAUAAAAGUUUAAACUGUCGCGUUCUAUAACUACUUUUACAUUUAAUUUCUUGUCUUAUUUUGUAUUCCCGGGAUUAUUUGUAAAUAGACUGUUUACAUCUCAAAAUUUGCGUAUAUUUAAUAAAAAGAAAAUAUUUAAUAGGUACUAGUGUUGUGUAAAGUGUGGGAUUCCGAGUCCCACGGGAUUAGCCCUAAAAGAUUUCAAUUGGUGAUGUGUAACAAUUUUUUUUUUUUAUAUUGUAAUAAUUUUAAGGUAUUUUUCAUUAGUUUUAGUUCUCUUAUUGAACCACAAAGAAUAUGUCUUUUUUUUUUUCAAUAAUAAAAUACUUAGUUAAUAAAAGCUGCCUGAAAAAAUAGGUCACAUGUCUAUUAUGUUUAUUUUAAAUUUAGAAUAUAAAUUAAAUUCUUUUUUUUUUUAA